GUCAAACACCGCGCGCGCAACCGCCAUCGUCCGAAACCGCGAUCCGAACCCGGCUCGCACGUGGGGGACCGGCUUUCGACUCGGAAAUCCGAGUUUAAUGGUUCCACCUGUUACUCCGCUUAAACUGUUCGCCGACCCGUGCUUGUGAUCCCUGCGCUUUCUAUGGACCCGCCCUGGUUUUUGGAAUGACGUGUGUGGUGUGUGCAGUGUGAACGGGGCUCGGGUCUAAGUCGGGGUUGGAUAUGACUUACGUUUAUUUUACUCGGAAAAUAACGCUCAAGUCUCUAAAGAGCGUCCUGCACUCUUGAAGUCGUGAAGUUCACUGAACAGCAUUUAUCACAAUUUCAGCUUGGAAAACGUGACGAAAGUGUUUACAUUGGAACUGAAUCGUAGAAAAAGCGCAUCUCGUUUGGAGUUUCAUGUGCAGUUCAACUUUGGAAUUUGUAUGCAAGAUCUGUUUUUUUUAGAAAAAUAGUAAUUACAUGUGAAAUAUGGGUGGUAACGUAUCGGAAAUAGGCCAGAGCGGAAAUGGGUGACCUCGCGGCGAUAAAAGAGCACGAGAAAAAGUUACUGGGUUAUUUAUUUGAUAAGCAGUAGUGAUAAAUUGGUUGCGUAAACCCCAGUAACCUUCAAUUGUGGAGUGAGUCAUGAACUGACAUUUGGACGAUAAAUUUAAUCAACCGAUUCAAUGAUAAACUUAAAAGAUGUUCGGUUUGAUAAUGGUUGUAAAAUACUCGUGCCCGUAUGUUUACUCGCGAAUGGACUUUUGGCAAGUGGAGUGAAAAACAUUUCAAGUUUUCUUGGAGCCUUUUACGGAAUGAAUAAGUUAAAACGCAUGUUGAUAAAUUGAAAGGACUUCACCGAGUUCUGAGCAUGAUGCAUGCACAAACCGGUUGUGUAUAAAUCGAGAACAUCCAGUUCCGAAUGGUGUUAAAUUCAGCGAUGCAGGUGUUCAAAUAACAAUGAUUUGGGAAUCUUAGGACCAUAGCCCCUGGCUACCACAACGAAGAAGAUGCUUUGGGAUUGGGACCACGGAUUUAAGCAGAUGAACUGACGACAGUAGAUUUGAAGAUGUUGCAGUACAAUCCUGUUUUCACAAUGCCCAAUCAUUGAGGAGGAUACAUUCUUAAUCCUUGCAGUCCUACCUGCUUUCAUCAAAUGGGUGCUAGUUGGUGCAAAGAGUACUCGGAGAGUGCUGGAGCAGGAAGUUCACUUCAGACAUUGCUCACAAAAUGGUCCAGUAAAAUAAAUUGCAGCAACGAGGAAACCAAGUGGAACUGGAAAUGGGCAAGACGGCGUCAAACGAAAUGGAAGGACCGGCCGGAAAUCAGCGCACCGCGGCUCCUUAACCCGUGCUUCCUGGAGGGCGCCAAGUGGGACAACGUCAUCCUCUCGGUGCCGGACCCGGAAAAAUCCCGGCCGGUGGCCCCGCCCCGCCGGAAACGGAAACGACUCCCGAACCCGGACGCAACGGCCUACCACGGCUCCUUCCCGGACUUCCUGCAGCAGGCGCGGUGCCUGGACCUGGGCACGGACACCUCCAUGUCCCUCUCGUCGCUGGACCCCCUCGGACCCCGAACCCCUCGGACCCCCAGGUCCGCCCUUGGACCCCGCAGGCGUCUUUCCUCCGAUUUAUCCGACUGCGACUGCUCCAUCAGCUCCAGGACCUCACUAGCCUCCAUCCCGGUCACCGACGAACUCUACCGGAAACACCACUUCCUGUCAAUUUCCGGUUCGAGCUUCAACGUCACGCAAGCCUCCCUCCUCAGCGCAUCCACUUCCUCCUUCAAGAGGACCCAGAACCAAAAAUACACCAUCAAACGCCGCAGCACGCUCCAGAAUAUCACCAAAAAGUACAACCUGACCCUCUCUUUGCCCAACUUGAACCUCAUCAGUAAGUUGAGCACGAGACCCAGUCGCGAUUUCACGUCGUUGCCUGAUUUGAGAUGCGGUGACGUCAGCAAGGAAGCUGUUAUGUACGCGGUGAUGUACGGGAUUAAAAACGAGUUUACAGGGAAUACGAGAGGGAGGGUAUCAUUGAAGGGGUUGCGCGCCAGGCCUAGAAGGGACAGCGAAGGGGCACGGAGGGGGUUCCCCGCUAGGUCGGCCUCUCAGCUCAGUGUUUCCAGGUUUGGGUCCAACCUCACAGGGACGUUCCGGGAGAGUAGCGCCAUCUGCGAGGACCAAGAGGAAGUAACUGACUGCCAAAACGGAAAUGAGGAUGAUCACCUUCGGUGGCCAAAAUCCAGGAGUAACUGCUCGUCUGAUCAAGACGAAAGUAAAAUAUGCUCGAAUGACAGGGGGAAGCUGUCCGAGGAAAACAGUGUUUGGUCGAAUAAAAAUGAUCUCAGUUCACAAUCAGUAGACAACGAACCCUCGCUCAAUUUAACCGGAUCUACGAAUCGCGACUUAGUAGACAAGUCCGGUGUGUCUCGGACUGCGGACCCAACGGAAACCAAAGUUCCUUCAAUUUCAUCUCAAGCAACCCUCCAAACAGAGAAUUCUGAUGCCUCAAUCGCCGCUCAUAAAACACUGACGUCACAGUGCCCGGAGGAAACGAAAGAUAUGUGUUUCGACGGCUCCGAUAAAGAGAAUUUGGACACGAACCUCUUGCUCAAGUAUCGGAACCUAAAAAAGUCGCCGCGGUAUCUGAAGACUUUCCGGCGCCUGAGUCAGCGCCAGACGGAAAAAGUCGGAUGUCCGUUGUUCUUCGACAAGCAUCAUUCCUGCACAUGCCUGCGCCCAAGGGUCAAAGGUCAGAGGUUCCAGAGUAUGAGCGCUCUGCCCGCUGCGAAGCCCGUGCUGAGGAACGGACUGAAAAAAUCGCUCAGCGUCAACCACGCCCAGCCAGUCUGGAAAACGAGCCGUUGUGACGUCACACAAAACUGCUGCGGAACCCGAAGCGAUAAAAAUAAUAACUGCAGAGGAAGCAGUCCCAUGAUUUUCGAAAAUACUUUCGUAACGUCCAUCCCUUACAAGCCGAUCGUUUCGGGUUGUAAUGGGGGUGAGCGCUUUUUAGUCAACGGUUUCACACCAUCAGUCACUAAUAUACUGCAAGAAGAACUUAACUGCAAUUCGAAGCAAGCCGAGGUAGAUUUUCCGUCGCUAGUAAAUGGAGGUGAGCGUAUUUAUUUCAACGGCUUCGCACCCUCCGUGGUUGAUUUGAUGCAAAAGGAGUCUAACUGCGAUUCGAGACGAGCUGCUAUGGAUUCUCCAUCCUUAAGCAAUGAAUAUGCUGCAGUGAAUGGUUUUAAUACUGAUUUGGUGCAGAAAGAGCUUAACUGUAAUUCAAGGCAAGCUGAAACAGAUGGCUCAUCUCGAAUCAAUGGAGGUGAGCGUAUUUUAAUAAACGGUUUUGUACCCUCGGUUGCUGAUUUGAGGCAAGCAGAAAAUGACGAUCACACGUCUCUAGUCAAGAAAGAAGCAGAUGACCAAAAACUAGAUGAAUCGAUUCUGAACAGGUCAAGUGAAAAUCGACACGUUUUAGAUACCUUAGGGCAACGGGAUGCUGAUACAAGCACACUGUUGGUCGAUCCUUCUGUCAAAAGAGAUCAAGUAGUUACGCUGAAGAAGUCGCCCAAGGAAGAGUUUAUUGAUCAUGAGUCCGGUGUCAUUCAGAUUUUGAGGACGAGGUUAACUGAGAAAAGGUCUGGAGCGACGUUGAAGCAGGUGACGGAUUGUGUGACGUGUGACGAUUCGGUGGUGGACUUCGGUGACUCGUUCGUGGAUGACGUCGUGAAAAUUGACGUCACACCGCCCAGUCGUAGUUCUUCGACCUCCGGAUCUCUGUGCGAGCUGGAAGACGAUAUCUAUGACAUGCUAGUGAUUGCCUCGAACCAGCAGACGGCUGAAGUGAAAAACUGACGUAAUUUGCUCCAUUAUCGUUAAAAUGACAUAUCUGAAAGAGUAUGGCAUUUUUGUUGACCUAUCUAUUCCUCAAUGACAUUUUGUGACAAGAUUCUCGGUUCGAAUCCUGGUGGCAGCGACAAUAAUUUUCACGGAAUUGACGAGUGGGUCAGGUGAAACAUAUUUCUCUUGACCUGACCUGGCCUCAUAAUUUGAAAAGUCUAGAGCGUGGUUGUGUCUAAACCCUGUGGUGUCCCUGGUGACAUAUUUUUGACAGAAUUCAUGCCACAUCAAUAAACAGCAAAAAAGGAAACAAUAAUUGAAAAAAAAAAAUUUCACUUUUUUCCUGCCAGUUUUUUGGCUUCUAUUCCGUGAAGAACUAACGGCCAUCUACGGACGACAUUUAAUGUUUGUAGACACCAGGGGAAUAGAUGCAUCCAUUUUCUAAGCCUUUGACUGUCAGUAACCAACUGCUAAGCGGGGUCUGUUUCGAUUUCGACUGAUUCACUGUGAAUAUGUGAUCCAAUUUGAUUUUUCAAGCCGCAAAUAUUCUAUUAGACAUAAUUAAAAUGUAUCGAUGAGGUUUCGUUCGUUGAAUACUAUGUCGAAGGAAGGUCGGAAGUGAAACUUCGCAACAACACAUAGGACAAUAUAUGCUCACCAUCGUUGUACUGAAGCAUGGUUAGCUGUAUAACUGUAUACGACUCAUAUAAAGUGUAAAAAUGUAAGUAAUUGUCUCCGAUUUUCUUAUUUUCUUAAUUUUUCUAAAUUUCUUCUUCUUGUAUUAUUUAUCUUGCUUAGAAAAAUUCAUUUUUAAAAAAGAUACACAAAUCUAAA